CAUAUAACGCCUGACACAUAGACUUAGCGUGUUACUACAUGACGGCUGACCCUGAACAAUUGAUGAAAGCCGCUGCCAAAAAGGCUAAAGGAGGCAGCGGCUUCAGCGCCUUUUUCGGAGGUGGAAACAAAUAUGACGAGGCAGGAGAACUGUACAUGGAUGCGGCGAAUGGAUUUCGCUUGCAGAAAGACCUUCGAUCUGCUGGAAUUGCUUUCGAAAAAGCUGCUGAAAUGCAAUUGAAGACGGAUGAGAAGGAUGACGCUGCCAAUACGCUCGUUGAAGCUUAUAAAGCCUAUCGUAGAGACGAACCUGCUGAAGCAAUUCGUGUAUUGUCGAUGGCUAUUGAACUUUUUACUAGACGUGGUAACUUUCGGCGUGCUGCCAAUUACAAGAUGGAUAUUGGUACUGUCUUGGAACAAGACUUGUCUGAUCCCAAAGGCGCUCUUGCCGCUUAUGAGGAGGCCGGAGAGUGGUUUAUGAAUGAUCAAGCCGAAGCAUUGGCAAACAAGGCUUUUCUGAAGACGGCCGACUUGGCUGCUUUGUGUGACGAAUACCAGACUGCCAUCAACCGAUAUGAACAGGUGGCAAAAGCAAGCGUCAAUAACAAUCUCCUCAAGUGGAGUGUUAAGGAGUAUCUUCUUAAGUGUGGUCUGUGCUACAUGCUUAUGGGAGACGACGUUGCCACUCGCCGUGCAUUUGACAGCUUUACGGCACUCGACUUGACGUUCCAGAGCACGCGCGAAUAUCAACUUCUUUGCGAUUUGCAAGACGCAAUUGAAGCAUCUGAUGCUGAUAUUUUUGCGGAAAAGGUCUUCCAAUUUGACCAAUUGUCGAAGUUGGACUCUUGGAAAACUACUGUUCUGCUUAAGAUUAAAAACCGUAUUCAAGAAGCCGAGGACGACCUUACUUAAAUAAUGAAAUUUUAUGGUUUUGUAGCAUCGUCUCCUCCACAUCUUUAGCUAAUGGCAUACAUUGUAUGUACGUCAACAGUACUUAAAUAAUGAUGUUACA